AUGCAAACACAAGCUUUUUGCGGAAUAAUUCAAAUUGAUGGAACGUUUUUAUUUUGUAUUAAAAAAGGAAACUUACUCAUUAUUGGUACACCUGCACCAAAUAAUAGACUUAUCCCUAUUGCAUUUGCAUGGUCUGUUAGUGAAAAUACGAUAACAAUUAAGGAUAUGCUCACUAAAUUGAAAUCUUUUAUUCCACCAAGCAGAUUCAAGAAUAUUUAUUCCGAUCAAGGUCCGGCAAUUAUAGCUGCUGUUAGAGAAUCAGGCUUUUCUUGCGAUCAUAAAUUUUGCUUACGUCAUUUUGCAACAAAAAGGGAAUACAUCAAUGUCUAUUCCGAAAUUGUUGAAGUCGCUUACGCAGACCAUCCUCAAAAACGAAUUGACUUGAUUAAAAAGUUAGAAACUCGUUUACAAGAGGAAUAUCCAAACCGCGAAAAUAAUCAGGAUCUCUUUAAGUACUUAGAUAGUAUUAACCCAUUUGAA